CGCUCGGACGGCUUCUCCUCCUGCUCCAGCUCCAGCUCCCGCUCCCGCUCCCUCGCCCGGAGAGACCUCCUGCCCGCGGAGUCGUGCGCCAGCGCCCAGGCAGGCUCGCCGCGCCCCAUCCCGUCCCGCUGGGCACUCGGAGGGCAGCGCGCCCGAGGCCAAAGUUGCCCCGCACGGCCGGGCGGGUGAGCUCGGGCUGCAGCGGCCCCGCCGGCGGCGCGCACGGCAACUUUGGAGAGGCGAGCAGCAGCCUCAGCAGCGGCCGCGGCGAUGACUCCCUGGCUUGGGCUCGUCGUGCUCCUGGGCAGCUGGAGCCUGGGAGACUGGGGCGCCGAGGCGUGCACAUGCUCGCCCAGCCACCCCCAGGACGCCUUCUGCAACUCUGACAUCGUGAUCCGGGCCAAGGUGGUGGGCAAGAAGUUGGUGAAGGAGGGGCCCUUUGGCACGCUGGUCUACACCAUCAAGCAGAUGAAGAUGUACCGAGGCUUCACCAAGAUGCCCCACGUGCAGUACAUCCACACAGAAGCUUCCGAAAGUCUCUGUGGCCUUAAGCUAGAGGUCAACAAGUACCAGUACCUGCUGACAGGCCGUGUCUAUGACGGGAAGAUGUACACAGGGCUGUGCAACUUCGUGGAGAGGUGGGACCAGCUCACCCUUUCCCAGCGCAAGGGGCUGAACUAUCGGUAUCACCUGGGCUGUAACUGCAAGAUCAAAUCCUGCUACUACCUGCCUUGCUACGUGACCUCCAAGAACGAGUGUCUCUGGACCGACAUGCUCUCCAAUUUCGGCUACCCUGGCUACCAGUCCAAACACUACGCCUGCAUCCGGCAGAAGGGUGGCUACUGCAGCUGGUACCGAGGAUGGGCCCCCCCGGACAAAAGCAUCAUCAAUGCCACAGACCCCUGAGCACCAGCCCCAGCCCCACCUCACCUCCCUCCCUUCCCACUGAGCUUCCCUCGGACACUAACUCUUCCCAGAUGAUGACAAUGAAAUUAGUGCCUGUUUUCUCGCAAAUUUAGUACUUCGAACACUUAAAGAAAAGUCUAUGCUGUCCUAUGGAGUUUAUUUGGAAUCAUCCUCCUGGCCCCACCCUACUCCUUCUCUUUGGUUUUGACAUCACCGAUUUCCACCCGGGGAAUUUUUGGUGCCAUGCCAGAAAGAAUGAGGAAUGUACACUCCUCUUCUUCGUCAUAAUAUAAUCUAUAUUUUUUUAGGAAAACAAAAAUCGAGAGACUACCCUAUUUGGGCAUUGUAAUACCUACCCCUCUUUCUUCUUCCCCACCUCCCCAUCUCUGAGACCCUGCUCCCUUUGCCCUUCUCCUCCACCCCAGAAAUAAACAACACAGACAAGGAAGUUGAUGAGAGGCCAACUGUUUCAGGAUCAAAGGCAGCAAGCAGAUAGACUCAAGGUACGCAGAUCUUAUACACCAAGGAGAUGCUAUUGCGUUUCCCAAGCAGACUGUGUCUGUCUGUGUCUGCGUGUACCAGUGAGGGGGGGAAGGAGGAAACGGCAGGGGAGGGUCUGAGAUGAUGCAGCAAACACACACUCAGUUCCCCCAGCCCAGGGAUGCUAGGGUUGACCAGAUGUUUCUGAGUCUGGCGCAAGCAGCCAGGCUAGAAUAACAAAACUUUCUUAGUUGAAGACUUAAACAUCUGCCUGAGGUCAGGAGGCAGUUUGCCUGCCCCGUACAAAAGCUCAGGCCAAAGACUGAGAUGAAUGGCUUUCCUCUCCCCGCCUCCCACAAGAUUUCCUCCUGGAGAACUCUUUGGUAGAUUUGGCCAGGAGAUUGCCUUUAUGUAAAUUGGAGAAAUAUACACACCGUACACUAUCCACAGAUAUAGCCAAGUAGUUUCGGGGUAGAGAAUACUAUUUCCAAACUAGCGUUUAGCUCACCUAGGGGGAUGUGUUUGUAUACACAUGUGCAUAUACCCACACGGGGACAUAAGCUAAUUUUUUACAGGACACAGAAUUCUGUUCAAUGCUGUUAAAUACGCCAAUAGUUUAAUCUCUUCUAUUUUCUUGUUGUUGCUUGUUUGAAGAAAAUCAUGACAUUCCAAGUUGAUUUUUUUUUUUUUUCAUUUUAAUUAAAAUUUGAAAUUCUGAACACCCUUGGCAUCCUUCUAACUGGGGUCCUCUGACCUCUGUACCCCUCCCUUUCUCCUGCUUCACGUUUGGGGCCUUCACGGAACUGUCUUACUGGCUUGGCUCAGAUGGGAGAUGCGAGUGAGUGUGGGUCAGGGGUCUGGGCACAGGAGGGAAAGCUGAGGGGUAUCCUGCCUCAGCUAGAUGGCUACCUUUCCUGGGUUUGGGGACAGCUUGCACCCUCAGCUCACUGGCAGGUGAAUGCCACCUCACCUUAUAGAAUUAAAAUUGGUGGUCACUGGGGAAGCCUGACUUUGCAAUCAGCUAUAGGGUUUUUGGUGUGUCUUUUGAAAUAAAACUAUAAUAUAAAUUCUCCAAUUAAAUAAAAUUAUUUUAAGUUUUAGGGUUGAAAGUGAGAUGCCGAGAGUAGGUGGCAAUGUAUAUUUUACAGAGUUGGGGAUGCUAGGAUGGUGACAUUUAACAUGGUUGCUCUGUCUCUGUCUCCUUUUUCAGAUGAUGGGUAUUUACCCUCUAUUAGUAUUUGUAUCUUCAGUUCAUUCCACUUUAGGAAACAGAGCUGCCAAUUGAGACAGGAGAAAAAAAAAGACGCAGACAACACGUUGUGAUGUCUUGCACACACACACACACCCAGAUGCCCAGGCAAGGUGUUUGGCAGAACCCCAGAGUGAGAAGACAGUGCAGGCAUCUGGUGUCCUUGGGAUCGAUUUCAUUACCUUGUAUCUUUCACUUUGUGGUCAUGCCACUUGGCAGACGGGAAAUGGGAGGCUUUGCCCUCUCAAUGGGGCAGUGUAAGCAGAAAGAGCUGAGGUCAGCAGGCCAGUGGUUUUAAGGGGUGAGCCCCAGACUCGGUGUUUUGGGAUUUUUUUAAAUUUUGACUUCAAAAUCUUGCAAAGUGGAACCCCUGACCUGACCCACACAGGUGCCCUUCCGCAAUCGGACAUCAGCGUGUCCUCUGUCAGGCAUCUGGCCAUUCUUGGUCCCUGGUGGGGUUUCCUCCACUCACACAAGGAGGGACUUGGGGUGAGGCCUGAGCGUGAGUCACCUGAAGGUUCCCUGCGGAGUAGAAAAGUUGGCAAAACCAGAGUCCCAUCUGCCAGGCCCUGAUGAGGAGGACAGCAGGUCCUGGGCCGAGAAGGGUCCUUUGCAAAGCGACGUUGUCGGAGGGUGGUUUUUGAGCUUUCUAUAAGCUAUAGCUUUGUUUAUUUCACCUGUUCACUUACUGUAUAAUUUAAAUCAUUUAUGUAGCUGAGACACUUCCAUAUUUCAAUCAUAUUGUGAACGUUUUAUUUUGCUAAAUCUUGUGUCAUGUGUAGGCUGUAAUAUGUGUACACUGUGUUUAAGAGAAAAACAAAAAAUAAAACCCACAUGCCGCCAUUUUCCUGAAUCAAAUUCUACAGUGGAAUGGAGGGUCAAACACUUCUGUGCGGGCUGCUAGACUGGCAAACUGGGGACACCAGAAAGAACUAGCACUGAGAUUCCCCCAGCCUCUUCCCUCUUGGCAUCCCAGUGCUCUCUGAAGUAGGAAGUAGGAGGGAAAAAGUAGCAAGCAAAUCCACAUCCUUGCUCUGUAUCAACUGGCCCUGGGCAGUCUGCUGCUCAUUCCCAUUCUUUUUUCCCCCUAGUCCCUUUGUCCACCCAAUUGGGAAGCCAUGAAUUCUCCUAAAAAUCCAGGGCCCUGGGAGCUGUGAUUUCAAGAUCUCUUGGUCUCCCCUGGCCAUCUCUUCUGCUGAUCUCGCCAGAGUGGAUAAUACUGGGAUACUUCUAUCCUUUACCCUCAUCCAGCCCCAGACCUACUGCAUGGUGGUCAAGCCACGGCCCAUGAGCACCAUAUUUCAUACCGUGGUUCUUGAGCACUUAAAGAAACAAAUGACUUAUUGGAACAGCUCUGUCUCGGGAAAACUGUGGCCCACAGCAGACAGUACCCUCCCCCAACCCCACCCAUUCAUCUUGUGCUUGACGAUUGCCAAUAUGGAUUACCCCAGGUAACAACCAAGUGUUUGGCUUCUGGCUACCUAAAGUAAAAAAUCACUAAAAUAAUCUUACAAAAGAAAAACACUUUGGAAAUCUGAUGGCAAAAGCAAAACAGAAUGGAGGAGUGUAGGAGGGGUGGAUAUCAACACACGGGCGGCUCUUGGGAGAUGUGAAGAGGGGAAGAACUUAGAGAUGGUUCAGGCUCUGAGUCUACAGGACUUUGUAGAUUCUCCUGUGCCCCGCCUUUCCCCUUAGCCAGUCUGCUAUCCUGAGACCCAGAAGUGAUGGAGAGAAACCAACCAGAGAAAACCCUGUCUGAAAGGAAUGUAUUUGUUGCUAAAUUUUGUAGCACUGUUUACAGUUUUCCUCCAUGUUAUUUAUGAAUUUUAUAUUCCGUGAAUGUAUAUUGUCUUGUAAUGUUGCAUAAUGUUCACUUUUUAUAGUGUGUCCUUUAUUCUAAACAGUAAAGUGGUUUUAUUUCUAUCACACA